UAGGUUAGUCUAGUCAAAAUGGCGGACCUCAUGUAGGGGUCGAAGACGCUUAUCUGCUGUGUUUCCAUCAGUUAUUUGACAUAAUUUCACUUCUUUGUGAACCAUGUUCACUAACAUAGCUUUGCGGGCCGUCCUGAAAUCCCCCGCCGGUGUUUUGCGGGAGUUUUGCUCUGCUGCGUUGGUGAAACCGUGGACAUGCAGCUCGGCUUAUUUGACAGGAGCGAGAGUCAGCUGCGGAAGCUUUGCCAUUCCACCCCCCGUGAGACAUUAUGCCCGGGCUGUAAAGAAAAAGAAGACUGAACAGAGUCAGCUCAGUGAUCUUCCUCCAACAAUGCUGAAGAUGGAGUAUUCAGCCGUACCUCUCGCCCAAACGACUGAUGAUAUUGUGAAAAGACUCCUUUCACUGGAGCUGGCGUCUCAUAGUGACAAGCUGCAGCUGAAGAAGGAACAGCUGAUUGCAAAAGUGCAGAGGGAUGAGCACGACCGCAGCUCAGUGGAAGUUAAGGUGGCUGUUUUGACAGCAAGAAUCCGGAACUACCAGGAGCACCUGCAAAAACACCACAAGGACAAAGCUAAUAAGAGGCGGAUGCUAAUGGCCAUCGACAGAAGGAAAAAGCUUUUGAAAAAUCUCAGGCUGGUUCACUAUGAUGCCUUUGAGAGAGUGUGUGAGCAGCUGGGCAUCACUUACACUUUCCCCCCGGAGUAUUAUAGACGAGUGACCCGUCGCUGGCUGGUCAAGAAGGCUUUGUGUAUUAAGGUUUUCAAAGAAGUGCAGAAGAAGAAAGCAGAGCAGAGACUGAUGAUGAUGAUGAAGAAGAAAAGCUUAGCCUCCAAAGCGACAGAAGCGACAGACACGCAGCAGACGGCGUAAUCGUUAAUAAAACAAUACUUGAUUCUACUUAAAUGCUCGUCUUGACCAAUAUUUUACUUUUACACCUUAAGUUAAGGUAAUAUGGAUAACCCGCCUCCUGCUUUCAUGUGUUAUCAUCAUAAAAUAUCAUUUGUUUGUGCUGCAAGUCUGGAAACCAGAAUCAAAUAAAUACAUUUAAAUGAG